AUAUACUAUAAAGUUUGCGCAUUACCAACCUCUGUCUUCCUGUUUAUAUUUUUCAUUAAAAGAAGAACACUGAAAUGGAUACAGGCAAAGAUUAUAUGUCCAGUGGUUCUGAUCCUAAAAAUGUUCAAGAUUUAACAGCUUUUGUACAAAAUCUUCUACAACAGAUGCAAGACAAAUUCCAGGGAAUGUCAGACCAGAUCAUUAAUAGAAUAGACGAUAUGGGAAGUCGGAUAGAUGACCUUGAAAAGAACAUUGCUGAUCUGAUGACACAGGCAGGAGUUGAUGAUGGACGGGCAUAACAUUCCUUAGACCUCAGAUGACGCAUCUUGUGUGCCUUUUCGUGUCACAGUCAUUAUAAAAUUAAUUUAAAAAAUCGCAGCUCAUAUUUUUCACAAAUUUUAUGACGGCUUCUUUGUGUGUUUUUUGUCUUGCCUCUGUAGAUAGUGUACUAUUUAUUAGGUCGUCAGUGUUUUGUUGGACCAAGUUUUAAAGACUUUUUAGAUGUGAUGAAUUUAGGACUAUGCAUAUAUCGAACAAAAAAGACAAAAGUAUUACACAUUCAUGUAUUUUAAUAUUUAUUGGGUGUAAGAAGUUUUAUUUUUUGAAACAUUAUAUGUGAUUGUGAUUUUCUUUGUUAAUCAAAGUUGUAAAAACACUGAAAUAAAUGUGAUAUUUGUAGAAAA